AUGAGCAUGCUGCGUCUGCUGCCGUGUGCUCUUGCGGCUGUCACCAUCCUGCUGGCCCCCGCAGCCGCCGAGGAGCGCUGCUUCCACAAGGACUUCAUGUUCGGCUCAGCCACCGCCUCGUACCAGGUGGAAGGCGCCUACACGGAGGGAGGUCGCACACCCAGUAUCUGGGACGAUUUCUGCCGAGAGAAACCCGGUCUAGCUUGCGCCAACGUGGCCGACGACUUUUACCAUCGCUAUCCUAGCGACCUCAAAAUGAUGGCCGACGACGGUCUGCAGUCUUUUCGCUUUUCGAUCUCCUGGUCGCGUGUCAUGACGUGGAACCCGGCGAAGCGCCGCAUGGUGCUCAACCCGACCGGUAUCGCCUUCUACCACGACCUUAUUGAUGAUAUGGCUAAGAACAACCUCAAGCCGAUCCUGACUAUCUACCACUGGGACCUGCCCUCGGCUCUGCAAACGGAGCUCUCCCCGGCAGGCUGGCUCAGUUCGGACAUAAUUGGGCACUACGUCGACUUUGCUACGCUCGUGUUCCAGGAGUUCGGCCAGAAACUCGACUACUGGACGACGUUUAACGAGCCGUACUCGUUUGUUACGCAGGGCUACGGUACCGGCGUGCACGCCCCCGGCUUCACCGGAUCCGAUACCAACACGUACGUUGUGACUCAUAAUCUCCUGCGUGCCCAUGCUCUAGCGGUGCAAAAGUUCCGUGAUUUUCGUAAAAACGGUAUUGUGCGACCUACGGCUCGCAUCGGUAUCGUGCUUGUGGCACACAUGAUGUUCCCGCUUGACCCCUCCAAUCCCAAGGACGUUGCUGCCGCUGAGCGCGCGCUGCAGUUCGACUACGGUUGGUUCCUGCAGCCCAUUGUCUCUGGUGAUUACCCGGCCGUCAUGCGCGAGGUGGUCGGCGACCGUCUUCCUCGUUUUACUGCGCAAGAAUCAGAGACCCUCAAGGGAUCGUACGAUCUGUUUAUGAUCAAUCACUAUGCUUCCAAGUCCGUGACAGACUGCGACUCGCCGACGUCCAAACGUGACUGUGAUCAGCUCACUCUUGGCUGGGAGAAGGACAAGGGUGUUGACGACACACGCGCUCCCGAAGGCUCGCGUUCUUCCAGCAAGGACCGCAACGGCAAUCGCAACUGCGCUUGGUUCACGGCGUACCCGCCUGGAUAUCUGGCUUUGAUUAAGUGGGUCGCUGCACACGAUCCGUCGGCUGAUGUCUUGCUGACAGAGAACGGUUGGUGCGGCAACGCUGAGGCUGAUGGUGCUGAAGACCAGAUGUGGUACUACACGAAUUAUAUGGAACAGGUUUACAAAGCUGUGACCGAGGAAAAGAUCAAAGUCAUUGGCUACACGGCCUGGUCCUAUCUGGAUAACUACGAAUGGGGCUCCUUUGAGCCACGCUUCGGACUGUACUACGUCAACUUUACGUCCCAGACUGGUUCCACGAACUACGUCUCGGCGAAGCCCUCGGAGCUCGAGCGCAUCCCACGUCCGGCUGCCAAGUGGUUCAGCACACUGGCCAAGACGAAGUGCAUUCCGGCGACCUCGGAGGUUGCAGCGGUGUUCGCCCCUAUCGAAAUAUCCGGCAGCGAAGAUCUGUCGACCUGGUCUAUUGUGGUCAUUGUGAUCGCGGCAGUCGUGGUGGUUGGUGCCGCUGUUGUUGCUAUCCGCGCCUAUAACAACCGCCGUGAAUCCAGCAGCGAGCGCAGACCGUUGCUGUAA